AUGGUGUCAUUCAUUGUACAUGCAUCCCUCAGGCGGACGAACUGGCUCCAGCCCCCCACCCCCAUCCUCGCCCCCUUUAAUCACUCUGCCACAUCCCAGAACUGGCUCCAGUCCCCCACCCCCAUCCUCAGCCCCUUUAAUCACUCUGCCACAUCCCAGAACUGGCUCCAGACCCCCCCCCCCACCCCCAUCCUCACCCCCUUUAAUCACUCUGCCACAUCCCAGAACUGGCUCCAGCCCCCACCCCUAUCCUCACCCCCUUUAAUCACUCUGCCACAUCCCAGAACUGGCUCCAGCCCCCCCACCCCCAUCCUCACCCCCUUUAAUCACUCUGCCACAUCCCAGAACUGGCUCCAGCCCCACACCCCUAUCCUCACCCCCUUUAAUCACUCUGCCACAUCCCAGAACUGGCUCCAGCCCCCCACCCCUAUCCUCACCCCCUUUAAUCACUCUGCAACAUCCCAGAACUGGCUCCAGCCCCCCACCCCCAUCCUCACCCCCUUUAAUCACUCUGCCACAUCCCAUAACUGGCUCCAGCCCCCCACCCCCAUCCUCACCCCCUUUAAUCACUCUGCCACAUCCCAGAACUGGCUCCAGCCCCCCACCCCCAUCCUGACCCCCUUAAAUCACUCUGCCACAUCCCAGAACUGGCUCCAGCCCCCACCCCCAUCCUCACCCCCUUUAAUCACUCUGCCACAUCCCAGAACUGGCUCCAGCCCCCCACCCCCAUCCUCACCCCCUUUAAUCACUCUGCAACAUCCCAGAACUGGCUCCAGCCCCCACCCCCAUCCUCACCCCCUUUAA